AUGGCGCCUCGAUGGGACUGCUAUCAGCGUGCAGUAAACAAGACCACCAGUAACGACAACGUCAAAUUCCAAGCACCCUCUUCCACCUGCUCAGCUUCAACUGUCAAAGUUUACAACACAGAUCUGACAACUUCAACUGCCAUGCCAUCAACCCCGAAGGAAGGCAAAACUUUUGUGCUGCCAAAAUCAGAUGCGCGCGACUCGAUGUACGAUAUAUUUCUUCAGCAGGGUUGCUCGACGAUCGCAGCUGCUCCCAGCACUCCCACCACAUACACGCGCCUAUCUAUCAAAUCAAGAGACAUGACACCAUCUCCCCUUACCUCAGCAUUCAAAAGAAAUGGACCAUCACCAAGUUCAACUGCUGCGACAACUUCAUCGAAUACGACAUCUUGCGGUACGGGUGGAAAGAAAGUUAGAUUUUGGAUCGACAACUGUUUGCAACGCCCUAGAAACUUCAAGGAGGAGCAAAGAAGUGACCAGUGGCCAGAAUCUGCGACAAUCGAAAGACCGGAGACUUCUGUCGUGGUUGCGCGUCGGAUGAUAGGUGCAGCUCUAGGAAUCAAGCUGGCGACGAAGUGA